AUGUUUGGUUCGCGCGGCUUUGUGAACGUUGAUAUAUCCAAGCGGAAAAAGUUUGGCACUAAAGUCCACACAUCGCUGCAUUUUCUUGGGAUUCGUUGUUGGUCACGCGCACGCCUUGAUGAGCAGUCCUUAUUUGUGCGCAGUCCAGCUGCGCUUGGUAGCCGACUGGCAUCAAAUGGUCAUGCAUUUAUAUUGGUUGGUGAACCAGCCCGACAUCUUGUUGAGGCAGCUGACAUCAGUAUCGAUAAACGCUCGACAAACUGA